AUGCCCUCCAUGUGCUUCGGUGCUCGGGCCAAGGGCGACGGCGGCUUGGGUCGCUCCCGAGACAUUGACAAGCAGCUUCGCCAAGAUGAGAAGAAGAUGGCUAAGGAGGUCAAGCUCCUCCUGCUAGGCGCUGGCGAGUCGGGAAAGUCUACCAUCCUCAAGCAGAUGAAGCUCAUCUAUGCCCAGGGCUUCAGCGACAAUGAGAAGCUCGAGUGGAAGCCCGUCAUCUUUAGCAACAUUGUCCAGUCCUUCAAGACGAUACACGGCGCCAUGGUCGAGCUCGAAAUCGACUUUGAGAACUCGGAAAACGAGAAAAACAUGGCACUCCUCCUCGUCGAUCGCGAAAUCUGCUCAGAGGAGCGCAUGCCGUCGGAAUACCUCGACCCUAUCAAAGCUCUCUGGGAAGAUGGAGGUGUCAAGACGGCCAUAUCCAAGGGCAAUGAGUACGCGCUGCACGACAACCUGGGAUACUUCGUUCAAGAUCUGGACCGUCUCUGGGACCCAAACUACGUCCCCAACGACCAGGAUUUGCUCCGCUCACGGUUACGGACUACGGGUAUCACUGAGUCGAGGUUCGACCUCGGCCAAUUGACAUACCGCAUGUUUGAUGUCGGUGGCCAGAGGUCAGAACGGAAGAAGUGGAUCCACUGCUUCGAGAACGUCAACUGUCUGCUGUUCCUCGUCGCUAUUAGCGGAUACGACCAAUGUUUGGUGGAAGACAAGGAUGGGAACCAAAUGAACGAGGCCCUGAUGCUCUGGGAGUCGAUUGCCAACUCUCACUGGUUCGCUCAGUCGGCUCUGAUCCUCUUCCUCAACAAGAUGGACCUCUUCCGCGAGAAGCUGCCCAAGAGUCCCAUUGCCGACUACGGUUUCACCGACUACCACGGCCCCAAGGACGACUACAAGUCGACGAGCAAAUACUUCCUCGACAAGUUCCGGGCGCUCAACCGAAAUGUCGAAAAGGAGAUUUACGGCCACUUUACCAACGCCACCGACACCAACCUCUUGAAGAUUACCAUGGGAUCUGUGCAGGACAUGAUUAUUCAGCGCAAUCUGAAACAGUUGAUUCUGUAA